AUGGACGAGGAUUUUGAAGAUCUCCUGAGGGAUCCGGACAAUCCUGAUGCCGAGUUCAGCAGUCCCGAGAAACCUCCUGCAGUCAAAUUGCCGAAUAUCUCCAAUAUACAGUUGAAUAUCGAUGAGAAGGCUAUACCCAGUGCUAAUGAGGUGAGGUUGGGGAAAAGAGUUUUGGAGUUGGAGAAAGAGAGGGAUGAGUUGAUGGCUGAAAUAGCCUCUCUGAAAACUCAGCAAAUCUCUCCUCAGCAUCCCACCAUCCCCGUAUCUACCACUCAGCCUGAUCUCAAUUCUGCUAACAACCAAACUAUUGAAGUACCUCCUUCUCUCCUACCUGUCCUAGCAGUACUACGCACCCACAUCUCGGUAUUGACGAGGGAUAAUCAAGCUUUACGAUAUACCUUCCUAGGUCCCAAUCCACCUACAAGAGGUACGAUCAAAACUUCACAACCUCCUACUAUACCAUCUCCCCUUCCCAUCCCCCAGCCUGCAUCUUCAAGCUCAUUGGCAACAUCCUCAAAAGUGACUUUGGACGUUGAUAUGCCACCUUCCACUCCGAGCGUCCCCAACCCACCGAGUCCUUCUGCUGCUAUCGUACAGGGUGGUACCGAAGCAGAAUCUUCAAAGAAGGUGGUACCGCCAGCAUCAGGGUUAUCACAAAUUGAUUUGGAGAAGGUUCUGGAUAGGGUCAAAGAGCUGAUUAAGGAGAAUGAAGAAUUGGGUGAGAUGAUAUUAGAAUCGGGGAGGAAAGAGGAUUUAGAAGUGAGGCUGGAGAAAGCUUUAGAAGAUUCGAGAAAAGUGAUAUCCUCAUUAGACUCCGACUUGAACCAUCAUCUCACUCUUGUCCAAUCCCUUCGUACCGAGUUAUCCUCUUACAAAACCCAUUUCGGUCCUAUCCCAUCCUCGGCAACCCUCAACGCACCUUCCAAACACCCAAUAUCAUCUAAUGCCUCUACUCCUACUCGGCCUUCACAUUCCCACUCGCAUCCUCCUCGUGAUAGACAUCGCAGAGAGGGAAGUCACACUAGCCAUACUAGACGAGACAGAGAUAGAGAUAGGGAUGAUAAAAAUCGGAAUGAGCGGCAUACUCCUGGAUCUGGUCUUGGAAGAGGAGGUCCUGAUGGAGAUAGACGGGAUAGGUCUAAUGGGAAUGGUCCUAGAAAUAUACCUUCCGGACCGUCUGGUAUGAGGAAUCACAAUGGAGUAGGGGUGAAAGAGGAUGAUAGGGCGUAUAAGAGACGCCGGUAG